AUGGACACGCUAGCGGGAAACCGCUGGUUCUCUAAGCUCGACGCUAACGCGGCUUACUGUCAAGUUAAGAUAGCUCCGGAAGACCGGAAAAAGACUGCCUUUAUAACAAAAUACGGUUUAUUCGAAUUCACUAGAAUGGGGUUCGGUUUGUGCAAUGCCCCAGCGACCUUCGCUCGAGCUAUAAAAUUGGUGUUGCACAGACUUAACUGGAAGAUCGCCUUAGCUUUCUUAGACGAUAUCCUAGUCCUAGGAUCUUCGGCGCAAGCUCACCUUGAUAACCUACGACAAGUGUUUGAGCGAUUCCGAGCGUAUGGUCUUAAAUUCAAGCCUCGGAAAUGCGAGCUGUUUAAGACUAAGGUCGAGUUCCUCGGUAGAACCGUGAGCGAGCACGGAGUUGAGAUGGGGGAUCAGUACAUUGAAUCAGUGCGUGACUGGCCUGUUCCGCGUGAUGUUAAGGGCGUAGAGCGUUUUCUCGGCUUCGCCAAUUAUCACCGUAGUUUUAUCCCUCAUUUCUCCAGAAUUGCGGCUCCGCUAUAUGCGGUUGCCGGAAAAAACGGUUUCCGGUGGGGGGAAGAGCAAUAUAAUGCUUUCGAGGAACUCACUCAGUUAAUGACUAAACCUCCAGUUCUAGCGAUACCGAACAGUACGGGUCAUUUCAUCCUGGAUACUGACGCCUCGGAUUAUGCCGUAGGCGGGGAAUUAAGCCAAGUCCAGGGUGGCAAAGAAAGAACAAUAGGGUAUGGAAGUGCUGUGCUAUCCGCAGAACAGCGCAGGUAUUGUACUACUCGCAAAGAGUUAUUGGCGGUUAUUAAGUUUACCAGACAAUUCCGCCACUACCUGCUGGGUCGCGAGUUCACAGUCAGGACCGAUCACCAUAGCCUGGUCUGGCUAAUGAACUUCAAGCAUCCGAAGAACCAGAUUGCUCGAUGGCUCGAGGAACUGAGCCAGUACAAUAUGCGGAUCGUACACCGCCCGGGAAAGAAGCAUGUGAAUGCUGAUGCUCUGUCCGGGGACAUACCCGAUUCAUGCCAGGGGUACCCGACGAGAAUUAGGGUCGAAGACUUGCCCUGCGGCGGAUGCCGUUAUUGCCGCCGAGCCCACGAGCGAUGGCAUGAGUUUAACACCGAAAUAGACGAUGUAAUUCCUUUGUCCCAAUUCUUUGACGAAACGCCUGUGCCAGCGGAAAGUCCGUCCGCUGAGGGGGGUAACUGUGAUUCGUUAGAUCCCACUCUCCGACAGGCCAUUGUUUCUAGUUCUUGGGAAGAUACUCCCUUGACUGUAAGUGCGUCUGCACUUCCCAGUUUCCAGAUUAAUGUCAGUGGGGUGUCGAGUCUAGAUCCCAAGAUUGAGACAGUUAGUCCUCAAGUCUGUCAGUUAACAGGUGAUACUGCAGGAAUUUCGCUAUCCUCUUACAGUUCCGCAGAUUUAGCUCAGAAACAGGAAAAUGAUGAAGAUAUAGUAUACCUGAGACAGUACUUAGAGUCUGGCGUUUUACCUACCGAAAGCGACUUAAUUAUUCGCAGUCCGGAAGAGAAGUGCUAUCUUCUGGAACGAGACUGUUUCUAUCUCGACGAGACAGGAGUUGUUUGGCGAGAACCGGAUGACUCGGAUGCACCCCGUCGGCUCCUAGUGCCGCGGAGUCUCCGAUCCGAGAUCAUGCACUUAUAUCACGACAUACCGUCCUCCGAUCACCAGGGAAUCCAGAGAACUAAAGAACGACUUAAACAACAGUUCUACUGGUGGCGCAUGACAAAGGACAUUAAGUUAUAUGUCACGACUUGCGAUGUAUGUGCGAGGAAUAAGCGAGGGUCGUUGCCAAACAGAUCAGAGCUCAAGAGCUAUCAAGCCGGAAGCCCGAUGGAGAGGGUACAUUUAGACUUUCUCGGGCCGCUUCCCCGAACUGAUAGCGGGAACGAAUACAUACUUAUGAUGGUAGAUAACUUUACCAAGUGGGUAGAGUGUAUUCCGCUGCCGUCUCAGACAGCGGAAGUCACCGCUCGUUCUGCUAUCAAUGACUUCUUUUCUCGAUUUGGCUAUCCUUACGAAAUCUUUACAGAUCAGGGCCGUAAUUUCGAGAGCGAGCUGUUCUAUGGCCAGCCCAAGUCAUGGGAUAAGUACCUAGGCCCAUUGGCUGGAGCGUUGCGGUCCGCGGUAAACCGCCAUACUGGGUAUACUCCAAAUCGUCUCAUGCUGGGUAGAGAAGUAUAUAUACCAGCAACCUUGAUGUUCGCCCCACCGCCUUCCACGUCUUUUCAAAAUGGGGAGGAGGGUGAGGUCGACAGAUAUGUACGUGACCUAGAAGAAAAUGUUCAAAGCGCGCAAGACAUUGCCCGCGGAAAACUAAUAGUCGCGCAAAAGGCAAUGAAAAGGUCGCAUGACAUUAAGGUCCGUACCAGCAAGUUCAAGGUCGGAGAUUUGGUUUACUGGCGCCGCAAUGCGGGAAAAAAGGUAGAGUCAGUAUGGAGGGGUCCUGGGAUCAUAAUCGAAGCCAAAUCAGACACAAUAUCUGUUGUCAAAUCUCGGCGCGAGGUCAAGGUCAUGCACCAUGACAAGCUUAAAAGGUGCGAGUUCAGGCAACUCCCCAAAUGGUUAAUAAAUUAUAAGAAUAAGUUGCCCGGACAGUCAGUAGCCCGAGAUGGGGAUAGUUCUCCUAUAUAUGAUGUGGUUGCACCGCUGGGGACCGCAGACUCAGGAAUUAGUCCUGGGAGCCCGUGGAGUGGGGGUCACUCAAAAGUUAGCCCCAAGCCAGCGGAGUCAGUAGGUCCGUAUAUGGGUACUCGAAAACGGGUUAGGGAAAGACUAGAUCAAUCCAAACAACCUCAAUCGCCCAGGAGACCUAGAGCCACUAGGGGGACUAAGACCAGGAAAUAUUAUGUUUGCUUACAGUCUAAUCCCAAGGAGAUUAUGGUGCAGUUCGACAACUGUCGGGACUGGUUCCAUCCGGGGUGUGUAGGUAUAAGUGAGGACUAUGCCAAGUCGAUACCUCAAUAUAUCUGCCCUGAAUGCAGCCCCGUCGGGGUCGACACUGACUAG